AUGGCGGGUGCGAAUGGAAACUUUCCGGCGUUACUGCCAGUUCUUGACGGAAAGACCGACUGGGAUCGUUGGCAUACCCAGAUGGAGGUGAUCUUCGGUUUUCAAGAGGUUCUUGAAUACGUAACUUCUGGGUAUGAUCCAUUACCGGCGAAUCCGACGGCUGAGCAAACCGAAGCUCACCUGAAUCCGGCCAAUUUCGAGAAGAUUGCGGCGGCCAAGACCUCAAAGGAAGCUUGGGAUAUCUUGAACAAGAGCUAUGAUGGUGUAGCCAAGUUGAAGAAGGUGAAGUUGCAGACUCUUAGGAGGCAGUAUGAAGCAUUGCGCAUGGAGAAAGCAGAAACGAUUUCGAAGUUUUUCACACGUCUUCAGACUCUCACGAAUCAGAUGAAGACGAAUGGCGAAGCAAUUACUGAUCUGAUUCUUGUUGAGAAGGUACUUCGAUCGCUGACAUCGAAGUUUGAUCACAUUGUGACCACAAUUGAAGAAUCUAAGGAUCUUGAAGCCAUGAAGAUCGAUGAACUGCAGGGGUCACUUGAGGCUCAUGAAAUGCGCUUGAACCUGAGGGAUAAUGAGAGAGAUACUGAGCAAGCUUUGUAUGCUCGUGGAAAUUCCAACAAGAAGAAUUGGAAUGACAAAGGCAAAUCUUUCAAGGGAAAAUCUUGGAAGGGAAAAGAUUCAGGACAGUCAUCAAGCCAUGAGGAAGAUACUGAUUCAAAAAGGAAGUGGGAUUCUAAGGAUAAAGGACAGGACAAGGAGAAGGCCAAGAAGGGAAAAAGCAAGAAGAAAGAUGUUCAGUGUUAUGCUUGUAAAAAGCUUGGUCACUAUUCCUAUGAGUGCAAGAGCAAAAAGAAAGGAAGCAAGCCAAGUGGAGAUGAUCAGGCUUAUUCUGCUCAAGAUGAUGAGUCAGAUUCUGAGCAGGUAUUGUUCGUUCUCCCAGCUGAUGUUGAUGAAAAUUGUCCUGCUAAAAUUACUAGUAUUCCCAGUGUUGAAGUGAUUAAUUCAGUUGUUAGUACUCAUAAAGAUGAUGUUAGUACCUGGUACCUAGAUUCUGGUUGUUCCUCUCAUAUGACUGGUCACAAGGAUUGGUUUGCUGACCUUGAUGAGAGUAGAACUAGCAGUGUGAGGUUUGCUGAUAAUAGCAUGAUCACAUCUGCUGGAAAGGGUAGAGUUUUGAUCAGGAAGAAGAAUGGCAAGCAGGCUGUGAUUCCUGAUGUAUUGUUUGUUCCUAGUGUAAAGCAUAAUCUCAUAAGUCUAGGAUAG